AUGGCCACCGUUGCCGUGCGACGCCCGCAGGACUUCUCCGAGGCGGGGCAUUUGUCUGGCCUGAAAUCAUGCGCUGCGAGCUGCCGGGAUUCACGAAUGCGCAGGCCGCGACAGGUUGCACCUGCCGGCUGGACCAUGUGUGAGUGUGAGGCCGACAAGGAGUGGGUUCUUUGCGAUAGAGUUGAGGCCUUUGCGGCAGAGAUGGCAGAAAACUUGCAACGACACAUCCAAAACCGGAAGGACAGUUCGGUGGAGGAUGCGAAAGAAUGCUGCGUUCAGGGCCCAGAGAAAGUCAGCAUCAACUCGGACGUUGACAUGAAGCAGGCAACGAUGAGAUUUGCGGAGAUGCAAUUCGAAGCAGAGCAGCGCAUGGACGCGGACGAAGAUGACAACUCAGGGGAUGAAGACCCUUCAGCCGAGACAAAGCUUCAAAUGAAGCGAUCCGAUGCGAAGGGCACCAAGGAAGAUAAUCGCGCGGCCAAGAAGACUCGCGCCGAGCGAAAGGCUGCUUGGCGAGCUGCGCAGAAAGCUUUGGAAGGGGAGGCAACGAAAGACAGCAAGGAGGAAGAGGUGGAAGAGAGUCUCCAUGGCAAGGCGCGUGGUAAAGCACGGCGAGCCCGCAAAGACUAA